UUAUUCCCGCGCAACCAUCAUGCACGCCUGGCUGUGCCAGCCAAAGCCCCGUCGUGCUCGUCCAUGCGCGUCCCAUCCGCCUCCGGAUCUCCGAUCUGUCCCCAUUAUCUUCUGCUCGAUCCUUUAUUUUCUUCCUCCUCCCGGAGCCUCAAUUCACUCUCCUGUCGGGCUCAUGAGUGCCGCGCCGUGCGCCGACGACAGAGCUACAGAUACUAGCCGCCUCGAGUCGAGAGGCGGGCCGGCUCCUCCUGCGGCGACGACGAUGAGGAUCAUGGCGCGUACGCUCCGCGGGGACCGGGUGGCGCUGGACGUCGACGGCGCCAACACGGUGGCGCAGCUCAAGUCCAUGAUCAUGGCCCGCGAGGGCGUAGCCGCCGGCGACCAGCGGCUCUUCUUCGCCGGCCGACACCUCGACGACGACGGCAUGCCCGUCGCGCACUACGGCGUGCGCCACGGCUCCGUCGUCUUCGUCAGCCUCCGCCUCCGCGCCGACGACGCCUCGCAGUCGCAGCAGGAGCAGGAGAUGCGUAACGUGCAAACGCAGCCAGUCAGGACCGUUAGCCAACUACUGAUGAUUGACCAGCAGCCGAUGAUGCGCUUCGAAGACGGCGACGGCCACGGCCACGAGGAGGCCGUGGUCAAGGCCACGACGACGAGGCCGCCGGUGUCGCGGCGGUCGCUCCGCAAGAUCCUGUCGCGGCUGCACGUGGACGUGUGGACGGCCCAGCACGACGCCAAGUUCCUGGACCUGCUGCAGCGGCGCACGCGCGGCUGCGGCGUGGGCGUGGGCGACCUCACCGCGGACGACUGGUCUGCCAUCCGCGCCGAGCUCAACGCGGCCACGGGGUCCGCAUUCCCCGUCGAGGAUCUGCAGCGGCGGCUGGGCGAGCUCCGGCGCGAGUUCGACGCCGUCAGCCGGAUCAAGGACCACCCCCGCUUCACCUACGACGCGCGCCGCCAUGUCGUCGUCGCCAAGGAGACCGAGUGGAAGCGCUAUGUGCUGGUUCGUGCGGACAGCUGCUGCCCGUUGAUCACACGCGCCGCGCGGAUCACCAAUUCACCCGGAUAUGGUCUUCUUCUCUUAGUAACGAUCUUGAUUUCCGCGGCGGUUUCAGGAGAACCCGGAUGCGGUGGCGUACGAGGGGAGAAGCACGCACUUCGGUCGCCUCCGGGCGAUCUUCUCCGGCAGCGGCGCAGAGACGCGCGGGCGCGGCGGGCCCAUACGCCGCGAGUCACGGGCCAAGAGAUGCCUGAGCAAGCUGCUGCGCAGCUUUGGGCUCCGGUGCAAGCUGUGAGAACGGUGACACUGAUACUUGUAUGCUAAUGUUGCUAGCUAGUGGGUGGGUGACAUGCGAGCGACACGAUUGGUCAAAGCUCCGUUGUUGCACGCAGUUUGUACUUUGUACAUGAAGGGGUGAAAUACCUCGUUUUCUUCCGUCUGUCUCUGCGUUUUGUACGCUUCUUUUUCGUGAUGGACCAAAUAUCGAUCUUGGCCUACGUGAGGAUGACCAUUUUCUGGUGGCAUCAUAA